AUGCUUACCCCUCCUAGCUGCAUUAUGAAGUUGAUUUGCAGUUGGCUUUUCAUCGCAAUUUUCUUGCAUAUUAUUGGUAUUGACGGCAAGCGAUAUACGCUCCCACCGGGUUCAUGGUUUGGUGAAAGCGAUCCUCAUGAUGGUUACCAACAUCCAAUCCACCCGGGUCCACCGAGUGGAGAUUACUGGCUUCCACCCCCAUCGGGUGGAGAUAGAAAGUAUCCAAACUCUCCGGACCCUUGGGGUAAAGAAGACCAAUCUGGUGGUGGCCCGCCACCUUCAAGAUUUCCGGGACUUUGGGAUGGUGGCCCUGGCGAUACAAAGGGAUGGUAA